AUGCUCAGGGGAACACUGCGACUUUCAUCCGCGUUGGUACCUGCCUCAUCAUGCAGUACUGAACCCAAAAAUACGGAAAAGUUGCGUAUAGUUUUGGAUUGCGCGGCCAAACACAAGGAGCAAUCGUUGAAUGACAUGCCCUAUCAAGGUCCAGACACCACCGCAAAUUUAGUGGGUGUACUUUUGCGAUUCCGUAAAGAAUGUGUAGCUGUUAAAGCUGACAGAAGCGAUGUUUAUGCAAGUGAAGGUGCCAAAACAUGA